AUGGCUAAAAUUCGACUUAAGGGUGUGGUCUAUGAUUCGAACGAAUCUGUACCCAAGCGCAGCGAAGAAGCAGAUAUGGAAGAUAAAGAACCCGGAAUAACACCAAACCCUCCGGCGAAUGAUGAAGAAACAACCCAUGAAGAAACUCGGGGAGAAGAAGAAUCAUUGACGGAAUCAGAACCAGCCGGUACGGAAACCACCAAAGAAGCCCCAGAAACCGCACCAACACCCAUGGAAGAAAGUGCGACGGAUCAACCAGAGGAGCGGUUGGAAUCUCGCGAGGAACCUGAAAAAGUGGGUUUAGCGGAUACAGUAGCUGAGGAAGAGGGUGUGGUAGAAUCCCAGAAAGAAGGCGAGAGAGAUGUAUCUGAGGAUGAGGCUUCAGGAAGAGAAGGCGAGGAAGAGAAAUCAGAGAAAGAAGCCGAGGAAGAGGAAUCAGAGAAAGAAGCCGAGGAAGAGGAAUCCGAGAAAGAAACAGGGGAAGAGGAAGUCGAGGAUGAGUAA